AUUUUACCCAUUUGGGCAUUUCGUUCUUAUCACCGCCUUACGUUAAAGGAGAAGACGAAGAAACAAAAAAAAAGAACGGAACUUUCUAUAAACCCCGAAGGCUCUGGGUUUUUCGAGGCUGCGUUUUCUCCAUUUGCCGAAAGCUCACUGACGUUUUCUAGGGUUUUCCUCCUUUAAAGCUUCUGCCUUUUUUUGAUACUCUCGAUAUGGCUGGAGCCGCUUCUUCUGAUCGUCUCGUCACUAGUUUCCCUCUUCUGGAAACAGCAGAUUUGUUUCAGGAGUUGUCUUUAGGUUCAGAUGCAAGCGAAGUCCCUAGGAACCGUAAUAAGGGAUCUCUUCAGCACCAGUAUGGCCAUGUACCUUAUGGUGAAUUUACUGCUCCAUCUUCUUAUGGAAGCGAAAGAAGGCUUAAUAUGAAUGCUGGCAAUCUGCUAAAUGGUGGAGACUCGGUUGGUUCAUACCCGUGGGGUUACUUCCCGCCAAACUAUCCCUCUGGUGGCUACCAGGAUCCGAGGUUUGGUUAUGGCCACAACAGCAAUUCAAGUACCUUUUCACAUCUCAUGAGUCCACACAGCUCACAAGACGCACUGAGUUUUGAGCAAUUUGGAUAUAAUGAUCAGUUAUAUUCCAACCAUGGACUGUAUGGACUCUACGGGAAUGUAAUCGACUCUGGUCAUGCUUAUGGAACUUUUGGCUAUGAUUCCUGGAAACUUGGGAGAGGAUGGUAUCCUGUUGAUGGUUAUAGAAAGACCAGAAGCUUCAAUUACGGUCGUGGGUAUACUGAAGAAAAAGCUGAAAGGCUUAAUGAGCUUUGUCGAGGACCAAGAAGUAGUGAUGUCAAGAAUCCACAAGGUCUGAACUCUACUAUGCUGGAGACAAUGAAGCAAGACGUUCCAGCGGUUGAUCUCCAGCGCUACAAGGGGGAGAAUUUCCCUGAAACAUUCACGAAAGCGAAAUUCUUUGUGAUUAAGUCGUACAGCGAAGAUGAUGUUCACAACAGUAUAAAGUAUGGCGUUUGGUCGAGCACACCAACUGGCAACAAGAAGUUGAAUGCUGCAUAUUAUGAAGCCAAAGAGAAUUCCCAAGAGUGUCCUGUGUAUCUUCUGUUCUCGGUGAAUGCAAGUGGGCAGUUUGUUGGUCUUGCGGAGAUGGUUGGCCCAGUUGAUUUCAACAAGACAAUGGAGUAUUGGCAACAAGAUAAAUGGAUUGGUUGCUUCCCUGUGAAGUGGCAUAUAAUCAAAGAUGUACCAAACAGUCUUUUGAGGCACAUAACACUUGCAAAUAAUGAUAACAAGCCCGUCACCAAUAGCAGAGACACUCAAGAGGUGAAUCUGGAACAUGGAACCAAAAUCAUAAAGAUCUUCAAGGAGCAUUUGAGCAAGACAUGUAUACUUGAUGAUUUCAAGUUCUAUGAGACAAGACAAAAGAUCAUCAGAGAUAAGAAGAUCAAGCAAAAGAAACAGGCUCUUGAUGGAACUUCUGGGGAAACGUCUCACUUGUGUUGAAAGCUGAUAUCUUUGCGAGGAAAGAUGACUUUAAUUUAAGAACCUAGUUUUGAUUAUGUUUUUUUUUCCCUUCAGGCUUUGGAUUCCUGAAAACCGAAUACACAUCUUUAAUCUGUGGUUUCUGUGCUUUUUUUUUCUAAACUGAUUAUACAUUCUGUUUUGUUCCUUCUAAGGACGAACAUCUGAUAAAACAAAAA